UCUCGCGAGAGCAGGCGCAGGAUGGUGCUGCGCCGGGUGCUGUCGGCGCUGCUCAGCAACCCGCGCCUGAUCGAGAAGCUCUCCGAGUCGCGGCCCAUCCGCGCCGCCGCUCGCCUCGCCGCCACCGGCAUCAUCCGCGGGCAGCUCGGCGCCCGCCAGGCGGCCCAGGACCUGGGUCCCCGGCUGUUCCGCCUGCGCGACGCCUUCCUCGGGCAGCUCAAGGACGGCGCCCGGGCGCGGGGCUGGCCGCGGCCCCCCUGGCGCUGGCCGGGCCGAGGCGGCCGCCCCGGGGCAGCACCCUGACCGCCGUGCCGAGGAGGAAGCAGCUGCCGAGCCGCAGCCGGCGCAAAGAACCCGCCAGAGACGCGGAGGAAACCGCGACCGCUUUCCUGUGCCAAGCCCUGGGAAACGAGUGCAUUAGAGACGACGGUUGAAGGGGUCCGCGGCCUUGCUAACGGGCUCCUGGGUGACAGCCGAACCACAGCAGCCUUCUCCUGAACCGGCGGUAGUGGCGGGCGCCGUCAGCUGCGGGGGACCUCACCGUUACCCGGCCUGCCUGCGCUGCUCUUCCAUAGCCUAAAGCCAGGAGCGGUUCCCGAGCCCAAGCACGAACACGUGAAGCAUGCUGCUUGUUGGUAUGACGGAUUUUCAUUUCAAAGCCAGUUUGCACUUUCCACAGUACUCAGUAACAGGCAGACUCACAUUAAACAUUGUCCGGAAUGCUGUCAAACUUGUCACUUCUAAGUGCUUGGCAAGAAACUUGAAAUAAAAACAAAUGUCUCACUGGAGACUUAACAGUUUCUGUCUAUACAACAGUAACAUUGUACGUUUAAUACAACUCUGAUGCAAAAAGAGCUCUUAACUGUUGAUGAUGAGGGAUAGGAUAACUGCCUAUUUCACAGGUAGGUAAAAGAGAUGCAGUAGCUCUCCUAAAAGCACACCUAAAGUCAAUGGUAGGAAGAAGGGUUGAGUGGGACAAAUAAAUGACCAAAACAACCAUCUUAACUGUACAUACAGGAAAGGAUGUGUCCUUCACAAGUGAUACACUGAGAUGACUUACUUAAGUUCCAUCUAACAAUACAUAUGAGACUAAACAUACCAUUAUGUACUUCAGUUAGUUAAAUGCUUAGUUAACUGGGGAGGAUGGUUUUCAUUCUUGGUAUCACCCCAGGGGAGAAGAACCUUGCAUGUUACCUGAAGUAAAAUUUCCAGCACUUCUGGUAAAAUUAAACCUUCCACCAACAAAGACUUCGGUGUGCAUGGAUGGAAAAAAUAGAUCUAUGAUGUAAAUUAUACAAGUCUAGCUGGUAAGAGCAGUGUCUUUUCAGUCUGAGUUAGUGUUGGUAGUCCAGUUUCUCUUCCUGGCUCUGUCAUAUCUUUGAAGAGAUUCAAGGUCUACCCCUCUAAGAUUGUGUAGUGGGUUGA